CUCCCUAUAGAAGGCGCAGCGUGCAGGGCGCCUCUCCACUCUGGCAGCAGUCCUCCUACCACCAGCAUGAACUCUGCCGCAGGAGCCCACAUUCUCCCUCUGGCUGGACUUGUCCUUUUCCUAUUGCUGCUUCAGUCUGUAUUUUUUGCAGUUACAUAUAUUUACUUCAGAAAUGAAAUCAAACAGAUGAAUGAGAACUACAUAAGAAACAAUGUUGCCUGCUUGGUGGGAGAUGACUUCAGCUAUGUAUUUCAAGCCGCAAACCUCCACAGUGCUGAUGACAAGAAUGAACCAUGUAGAGAAGUGAGGAAACAAGUCCAGCGUGUUAUCAGAAUGAUUUUGGAGGAAAAGUAUGGACAUGAAAUAACAUCAUUGAUUAAAGAAAAGGUUUCAGAUAUUCUCCCAGUCUCAGUUGCUGAGAAACAAGUUUACACUGGUCCGAUGAUUGCUGCCCAUGUCACUGGAAGCCAUAAGAAAACCAUGCCUGCUGUAAAAAUGUUCUCAAAUGUGCACCACAAUGGGCAUAAAAUAACUGAAUGGUCUAAUAACACCCUUGCAGGCAUGAACAGCAUCAAAGUGCAGAAUGGAGAACUGGUCAUUGCAAAACCUGGCUUUUAUUAUAUCUAUUCCCAGACAUAUUUCCGUCACCAGGAUGAUGAAGGGAAAGUGAAACAACUAGUGCAACACAUUUAUAAAAUGACAAGCUACCGAGAUCCCAUAGCGCUAAUGAAAAAUGUUAAGACUACUUGUUGGUCAAAAAGUGCAGAAUAUGGACUUCAUUCAAUUUAUCAAGGCGGAGUGUUCAAACUAAAUGAAAAUGAUCGGUUGUUUGUCACUGUAAGUGAUAAAAAUAUCCUUGACAUGGAUGAAAAAGCAACUUUUUUUGGUGCGUUCCUAGUAUUCUAAAGGUGCAGUGAAGAAACUGAAUAAUUUUGCAAAUACAUCAAGAGAAUUAAGCAUCAAGUUCAAAAACAUUUAGUUGAAUAUCUUCACAUGUUGCUUCCAAGGCGUCUAUAUAACAGACAUAUGAAACACACUUAUAUAAGAACUGUGACUAUAGGAAGCAACUGGAGGAAACUUGCACCAUACAUAUUUGAUUUGAGGUCCCAUGCCAUGUCUAAAUUGAUAGGAGACUCGUAUCACUGCUUUAAAGGAACACUAAAUCUAGAAAUGAAUGUUUGAGGGUAGUCGGAGAUAGACUUGCUCACACUAUUUGUUAGUCUGUAGGAUCUCCUCCAUGAUUCUAAAAAAAACUGUUCUGUGGAAAUCUUGCAGAGAACACAGGUGUAAAUCUCCUCCAGAUCCCUCAAUGUUUGGCUAGCAGGCGGUGGCAAGAGCAGAGUGCAGUGUUCUUGUUCAACAGUUGCUGACUAAGGGGAAGGCAUCUGCUGCAGCCAGCUGCCUUAUAGCCCGACAAGAGAUUGUGAGAAGGAGGAGGGGAGAAAUGACUAAUCUCCUUGGUCUUAGAUUUAUUUACAUAUCAAGGAAAAAUCCCAAUAAUUCAUUUUUUAGGCAUUCUCUGUGUUUAGUGUUCAUUUAAAUAUAGGGAACGAACUAGAUAACAAGUUCAUAAUAUUUCAGUAUACUGUAGUACAGAUAUGUCCUUCCUUACCUUUUCUCUUUGUGCAUGUUAUAAGGUGCGUGGUGUGAGAUGACUAGUUUAAAAAAACAACAACAUGAUUUUGUGAUACUGUGUCAAGAGACAUGGCCAUCCACUUUUGAGAAAUUUAGGGUCUUGGAUAAUUCAAGAAAAGGUAAGGGUAGACAAAUCUGUAUGUUCAAUUCCCUUUAAAGGGUCAUUCGUUGGUAACUGAAUGAUAUGGAAUGAAUCCAAAAUGUUUUGGUUCUGCUGCUAACACCUCAGUAUUUUCAUGCAUUUUUUCCUCAAUCUUGUAGCAUCUAGGAAUACACAUCAGACAUGAUGUAAAUUGUAGCCAAUAUGUCAGUAGCAUUCAUCAACAAGAACAGCUUGUAAUUUUUGAGGCAACAAGACAACCUACCAAGGUUUCAGGUUGUCUUGGACAUGCAGAUUGGUGUCCAGUGUUGUCCAUAUCAUAUUACAGCCAUGUUGCCUGAUAACCUACACAGAAAAAAUCUACUAAAUGUGACCUGUGUAGCAAGAGUACAAACUCAACAGGUAGACUGUAGUUUACUAUGACAUACUUCUUCUCAUGUAGCACACAGAAUAGGCUUCGUCCCAUGCUGAUCCUAAAUUUAAUGGGGUUUCCUAUCUCUUUUUUUCAUGUUCAAAAUGGGAAUAACCAGAGUGAGGGUUAGCCAGGAGUGAUUGGUUUACGGAAAUGGCUGAGCAGUCGGAACUCUUAUAGCAGUGAAGCAAGCUACUCAAACAGCACAACAAAGCAAGCUAACCUAUCAUCCUUACAUCCUGAGAUAUAGAAACAGUGUUAUCUGCUGUGUUACACUGUUUAUGUAGUUUCGAUUCACUGCUAUGGAAGUUACAGAAACAGCCACAGUGCUAGCCACUUGGAUGUUUCCAUAAUUAAGGAUUCCCCCAGCCCUUUUAAGGGAGAGCAUACAUAGUGUGCUCUUGGUAAGUAGAAACUGAAUUUUAUUGUUUUAUGGUAUUUUCCAUUGUUAAUAACAGAGAUGCGGUCUAGUCAAUGGAUCCACCUUCUCAUGGGGAUAAAUGUGAACAAGGUGAGGUUGUACAAAAAUAAACAACCACCUUUAGGCCGGGUUUCCAAGAUAUGCCUUAGAUGCGGCAGCUGCCUAUAGCCGAGGCCCCUUCCACAAUUUUGAAGGUAAUACUUCUAUUAACCUGCAGAUUUGUGCACCACUGAGUUGCUUCCACGUUGUGGAAACCCAGCCUUAUUGAUAGACCAUGUGGUAACUUGAAGUAAGCAGCUGAUGACAUGAGAACUCAAAUUAGUAAGAUGUUAGUGAGAGCUGGGCAUUGAAGGUGCCUUUUUUCUAGUCAAGGACUCAAGGUGAAUAUUGCCAAAUUGUGGUUCUAUACAUCCUUUGAGAUGUUGAAAUCCCACAGAAGAAAAAUUGUGGCAUGUUCUAUUAGAUGUCAUAUAAGGCUGUGUUUACAUCUGUGGUAUUAUUUCCAUUGUCCUGCUCUGUUAUAGUUGCAAAAAAAAUGAAUAUAGUGGAAGCACCGGAUCUUUCAAAUGAUACAUAAAACGGCAUCCAACAAACCCAAAUGGUUAUAAGACGGUCCAUCAGGUUUCCAUCAAGGAGCUUGGCAUUUUACAGUCUAGUAUCCAGUAUGCUGUCUGGCAUUUUGACUGUUUUGUGUGAACACAACCUUACAGAACUAUCCUCCCCUAGAAGCAUUGCUUCUAAGAGAGAAGAUUUAAAUAAUACAGCGCUAUUAAGAAGGCUGUGCCUUUCAUAUGGCUUUUAACCACAUCUUACAGUAUAGUAUUUCUAUAGAAAUGAGACUAAAUGGCUUAUAUUAAGCAUGUAUAUACUGUACAGUUUUCAUACGAUUCACAAGUGUCUGUAGAAUUGAUUUUAGAUCUUUGAUCAAACAGAAGGAAAAAAAAUUGUAUAUCAUUAAUAGAUUAAAAUAUUCACAUGUAUCAAUAUGUCAUGUAAAGACAUGCCAUGAUCAGGCCUACCAAUAAGGGAAAAACCACUGAAAUGAAAAUCAAUAUAAAUAUUAACAUUAAUUAUUACAUUUUGUAGCCAUACACUAGCUUUCUUUAUAGUCAUAUGGGAUACUUUUUCUAAUUUUGGCUAAUAAACUGAAAAUUUAAAAGUUUAUGUCAUGCUAAAUGUAUACUCAGUUGUACAUAACUCUAUGGAUAGGAUAAGUCUUGCUUAAAAUCUUUUCACAUUUUGUGAUCUGCUCGCUACAGUUUUUAGAAAAUCAAUUUUUUAUUUUCAAUAUAUGUUUUGUACAUAAAGUAAAUAAAAGACAAAGAAACAA